ACGACUACCCGUCCUAUGACCCCGCCGACCCGACACACGUGCAGAAACCAUCAGACCCCUCCUUCGAUCCCUUUUCGCCACAGCCCUCGUCCCACUCCCAGAACGAGACCGAUCACAGCAUGUCCCAUGCCCAGAGCGAAGCGGACGUGCCCCCAGCCAAUGAAAACGCGUAUCCAGACUUUGAACAACAGGACACUGGCUAUUCAGAUGAUUUGCCUGCAAAUUUUGCGCGGGAAGCUGCCAGAAAUCAAGGUGUGGCUUCUUCCGACCUGGCUGACGAGCAUCAGUUUGAACAGGGUAGGGGCGACGAAGCUGACUUUUUCGAAGGAGGUGCUGCAGAUGGCAACGGUUCGAAUCCUUUCUCGACCCCGCCACCACAACAUGAUGACGACCACCGCGCUUCCGAGCAACAUCCAUCAGAGCAGGGAACUGCGGACGAUAACGACGAGCGGCCAAUCGUGGGCUACAACCCAUUCCUGGAAGAGCUGCAGAACAGAAAGGAUACUGAGGAGGCCACCAGAGAGGAAGAGGCUGCUCAGGGAGUGUAUGAAGACAGCACUGAAGAGGAGGAUGAAGAUGACGCGUCAGAGCGCGAGUUGGUCCCUGGGGAUCCUGCGCUGAGAGAUACGGCCUGUUCCAGACCCCAGGAAGUCGCAUCAGAGUCUGACGCCUUCGACCAAGCGCCCAUGAAUCAACAGAACGUUGAAGGAGGAAAUCAUGAGAACGGACAUCCCCUCAACUACGAGAGGUUGCAAGAGGAGGAAGAAGAAGAGGAGAGAGACGAAGAUGAAGACUCCGCCGAUUUAGAAAUGGAUCCCGUGGAACAAAUCCAGCCAAUGAGGGAUGAGCUGGUAGAGGAGGCCCUUGGGGCUAGACCUGCCGAUGUUCCUGGCGGCGCUAUGGAGGGAGUAGAAGAAGAGGAAGACCGCCCCCAACCCCAGUCACAAGCCGCCGCCGAAUUCCCACAAGAGACAGAGGAGGAUAGAGACACGGAAAGGCGAAUGGUGGAGGAAGAAGAUUCUUUCAUUCAAAAGACAGAGGCUGCUACUGCUGAAAGCACGCCUGGCCAGUUCCAAGAAGAGCAAAUGGUGGAAGACGACAGAAUCGAAAGCGAUGCUGGCCCAGCUGUCGGAGCCGACGAAACAGAUCUGUACCAAGGAGGAGUUGCUGCGGGAAUUUCUCAAGCGGUGAAAUCGGAUGAAUUUGAGGAGGAGAAAACUGUGGACCCUCUGAUCAAAUCAAAUGAGUUUCAAGAAGAGAAACCAGCAGGUGGUGAGGCGAGCGAUUUAGGAAUCGUCAAUCAAGGUUUCACUGACGAUGUGGAUAUGGAUGAGAAAGAGGAAGCCGCCGAGGCUGAGGCGACACAGAAAGAAGACGUUCCUCAAGAAGACGACUCGUCAACCCAACAAGACGCUUUGCUCUCCGAGGAACGCACCCCAGCUGAACAAGAACAUCAAGAAGACGGUUUGCUGAGGGAGGAAGAGAUCCAGUCCUCGGAAUCUGCCCCCGUCGAGUCUGCGUGGGCCCCCGGCGCUCCCCCGACUUACGAGCGGGAGGACAGUGACGUAACAGCUCAAACUGAUGACGUAAGUCGAGAGAGGCGUGACGAGGAGGACGAGGUCGAGGCUAUGGCAGCCACUCAAGCAGAGCCGCCGAUAGUGACCGUUACUGAUGAUUACUGUCAGGAGAUGAGAGACGAAGACAGAGAGGAUGAGAUGAGAGAGGAGAUGGAAAGAGAGAGGAUGAGGGAAGAGGAGAUGGAGAAAGAAAGACUGAGAGAAGAGGAGAUGGAGAAAGAAAGGGCAAGAGAAGAAGAGAUGGAAAGAGAGAGAAUGAGGGAAGAGGAAAUAGAAAAAGAACGGUUGAGAGAAGAGGAAUUGGAAAGAGAAAGAUUGAGGGAAGAGGAAUUUGAAAGAGAAAGAUUGAGAGAAGAGGAACUGGAAAGAGAAAGAAUGAGAGAAGAAGAAUUGGAAAGAGAAAGAGCAAGAGAAGAAGAGGAAGAAAGACAGAGGAUCAGGGAAGAAGAGAUGGAACUGGAAAGAUUGAAGGCAGAAGAAGAGGAGGAAAACAGACUCGCUCAACAAGAAGCAGAAAGUUUCGGCACUCGCGCUCCUACUGACUUCGGGGACGAGAAAAUGGCGUCCUUCGCGGACCGGGAAGAAACCGGUGGCUUCGCGGAUACUUUGUCCGGCCGGGAAUCCCCCGAAGUUGUCCCCCAACCCCUCCCGUCCCCUCCCGAGCCUAGAGAGGAAGACAUGUCGUCCUUUGACCCCCUGUCGUCACAGCCGGGAGACGGGCUGGGCUAUACCUCCUCCGCCACCACCGCCGCCCCUCCCUCCUCCUGCCAGGACCUGAAUCUAGGUCAAGCCCGUGACGUAGACGAGGAGUCUUUCUUCUCCUCCUCCCAAACCGCGGGCUCGCUGGCUGAGACGACGUCGACAUGCGCGGCUGUUGUCACUGGCGUUAAUUCAUCGCACACCGCGGCGGUCAACGGUGGGGACUUUUUAACCGCUGGUGAAGUAGAAGGUGAGACACGUUUUGAUGUUGACGGCUCCGCGGUUACAUCUACUGCUGCCGGCGCCGACGACGCGGCUAUAAACGCUAAGAACAACCCCUUCUUGAACUCCGGAGAGGAAGAAGAAGAGGAAGAGGAGGAAGAAGAGGAGGACGAAGAAGAGGACGAGGAAUCGCAACCGAUGGAUCAGGGACCUGUGACCAACAACACGUACACUGGAACGACAGAGACUUCGGAGACGAGUGCAGAAGACAGGAGCGGAGUAGAGGAUGAGUUAGGCGCUCAAGACUCUGUCUCCGAGCCGCAGGAGACGGCUGACAACCCCCUCAUGUCCAUGUCGAUGGACGGGAGUUUUUACGAUGACGGUGGCGACAUUAUGGGAGGAACAGACGGCAAUGACGCGCAGAAUCGAUACACAGCUGGCGAUCCAAUUACAGAGGAGAGCAGCAGUUACGACGGGUUCACGCCCAAGACGGACAGCUUCUUGACAGACCAGGACCAGUUCAACCAGCUCCAGAACGAGUUUCGAGAGGAGAUGACUGCGUCACAAGCCUCCGAUGCCCAGGUCCAAGAGGCGGAGCUCAUCCCCGCAGACACAGCCUCCCAGCAACAAUCUGAGCCCCCGGUAGUCAACGGGGCCGCCGAAAUCGGAAGACAGGACGAGUUCGAUACUCUGGUCGAUGCUGGAGACAAGCAAAUUAUCAAUGAUGUGGAGCCUGCAGUAUCGGGAAUCGAUUCCUUGUUAGACGCCCCCGUCACCGACCAAGGCUUGCAGACCCCCGUCACAGAACAGAGCACUUCUGUGGAUAACAAAUCGGGCAUCGAUUCUCUCGUGAACGAGUUCGACUCCAGCGUGGAUUACAACCCAGCCGUUUCCUCAAACGAUUACCAGAACCUGAUGGGCGCAGAAGUGAGAGGCGAGUCAAACAUCGAUGACGCCACUGGCGCUUUCGUCGCCGAGCCUGCUGCGAGACCAGAUGCUCUGAUCACACAGAACGAAGCUCCAGAACCGGAAAUCUCUGACGCGGCGCCGGCCAAACCGGAAGAGCCGUCGUCCUCUGUCGAUGACGUCAUCGAGAGCAAAGAGAUCGCGCAGACGGCAGCUGCUGCAGCAGCACCAUACAACAGCAGCAACAGCAACAACAGCGGCGGCCGCGUCAACCAAGUCGACCACUACCACCACCAAGAAGAGUACCGCUAAGGCUGGCGCCAAGAGCACCACAACCACCACCACGACAAAGACGACGCGGGAGACGAAAACGGCCAACGGCCGGGCUGCCAGUGCCAAGAAGACAGAGUCUGUGACCUCUACCACCACCAAAUCGACGACCAGGAAGCCCACAGACUCCUCCCGCCCCGCCUCGGCGAGAACAGCCGCGGCCAAAUCGGCCUCUUCCCCAACCAAGCCAACAAGCUCCGCCCCCUCGUCAGCCGCCCCCUCCAAGCCACUCCCCUCCUACGCCCAGCCAAUCACGCCGAGGAAGCCACGCGAGCCCAAGUUGAAGUCUCCAGACGAGAAGCCCGCAGCGAAGAAGCCAGCCACUCCUCGCUCCGCCUCUUCGAGCACCCCACGCCCCGCCUCCUCCACCACGCCCCGCCCCGCCUCCUCCACAACGCCCCGCCCCGCCAGCUCGACCACGCCUCGCACGUCCCGCCCUGCCAGCGCUACCACGGCGAGCAGCACCACAAAGUCCAGCACCCGGAUGACCACCACCACCACCACUACCAGAACUGCCACAAAGACCAGCACCACCCCUACGUCCAGACCCAAGUCAUCGCCCACUAAACUUUCAAAUG